AUGGAGAAAGUACCGAUCGCCGUCCGCAGGACCGGAGGAUCUGCAACAGUUCCUGCCACCGGGCGUACUCCGCCGUGGCCGGUCAAGCCCACGGCCACCGGGCGCCUGCUGAAGGCCGGGAUCGCCGUGCUUGUUGCAGGAGCCAUCCUGCUGCUGCUAGGGGCCAUUGGAGCUUUUUACUUCUGGAACAACAACGAGAAACACGUAUACAACGUUCACUACACCAUGAGCAUCAACGGCAAAGUGGAGGAAGGCUCCAUGGAAAUCGAUGCGGCGAACAACGUGGAGACAUUCCACACCGGCAGCGGGACCGAUGAAGCCGAGGAGGUCCACGACUUCCAGAUUGGGAUCACAGGGAUCCGUUUCUCAGGGGGAGAGAAGUGCUACAUUAAGACCCAGGUCAAGGCACGCCUGCCUGAUGUGGAGGCUCUCAACAAGGACUCUUUGUCUCUCGACCUGGAGGAUGAGGUGAUGCCGGCCAAGUUUGAGGAAGACUCCCUGAUCUGGGUGGCGGCUGACACGCCCCUCUCCGACUCCACCUUCCUCAGCAACAAGAUCAAGGACUUGUGCAGAGGCCUGCCAAUCUUCUGGCUCCGCCCCACCUACUCCAACGGUGGACAGAGGAAGAGGAGGGCCGCCCCUCGUCUAAGGCGCCAGGCACCCGGGGCGGAGGAGGAAGAAGACGUCGAGGCGGAGUUCAACCCAGAGAACCCCUAUCACAGAGGGCUCGAAGGAGAGGAGAACACCAUGACCUUUGACCCAAUGCUGGACCACCAGGGCGUGUGCUGCACCGAGUGCCGUCGCAGCUACACCCAGUGCCAGAGGAUCUGUGAGCCCCUGGGAGGCUACCACCCCUGGCCCUACCACUACCGCGGCUGCAGGGUGGCGUGCAGGGUAAUCAUGCCCUGCCGCUGGUGGGUGGGACGCAUCCUCGGCAUCCUCUGAACACCCCUACCGACCAGCGGUAUUGGUAUUGUCCAGGAGAG